CACAAGUCAGUCAAGAGCAGUCAUCCUAAUCCAGUUUUUCUAAAACCUUUUUGUCUUAACAAUACACAUAUAAAGGAUGUUCGCGGAACUUUGGAGGAGCUUUUUCAUUCUUCUGUCCUGCAUGCUGCUGCAAUCCGUGAGUAAAAUUAAACACGCAGUUGAGUGACCUCCUUUCAGGAAUGCCAAUAAACGUGAGUCCAUAUGGAACUUUGGAGCUAUGCACACAAGACGCGGCAGGUUUUUUUUUUUUUUUUCAUGCGUUGCGCGCCUUAUUUGACCUCGGAAUGAAAAAAAGCACGCAGCACAAUCAUCUUCCUUAACAAUGUUUUGCUUUAAUAACUUCUUGAUAUUUUUAAUCCGAUCAGUAUGGUGUUUUUGUAAACUUUUUGACCUGAAGGAUUUUGCUGUCUUGCUCUCCAUCAUUAGCUCAGCUGUAUGUUGGGCUGCUCGGCAUGACAACCCCUCCUUUCCUUUCCUUUCCUUUCCUUUCCUUUCCUUUCCUUUCCUUUCCUUUCCUUUCCUUUCCUUUCCUUUCCUUUCCUUUCCUUUCCUUUCCUUUCCUUUCCUUUCCUUUCCUUUCCUUUCCUUUCCUUUCCUUUCCUUUCCUUUCCUUUCCUUUCCUUUCCUUUCCUUUCCUUUCCUUUCCUUUCCUUUCCUUUCCUUUCCUUUCCUUUCACACCCGUCUGCACUUGUCUGUCACUGACACUUGUAUGUUUUAUCAGGGAUGUAAUUGUGUUCUCAACGCAACACCAUGGCAACAGACUCCUUUGUCUGUCUCCUCACUUAGUGCUUUACCGCAUCCUUAGCUACAUUGGUCUCCUGUGGAGAAGCAUGUAUGAUUUAUGUGUGACUUCAGCAGUCGGGCCAAAGACCAAAAAUAGCACUUUGGUAGUACAAUUUUGUUGUAUUUAUUUUCAAAUACAUAUAAGUAUUAAUAAUUGGCUAAUGAUGCUUUUUUCUGGUUACUGUGUUUAAAAAAAUAAAAUCAACACAUUUUUGUCAGUACGUACUGUACACAGAUUUGAGCAUUUACAGGUAAACUGCAAUAAAUGGAUUUCUUGCCCCCAUUUUGCGGCCGUCUAUGAAAAUAAUGCCUGCUCUGGAAGUAAGUCACGCUCUUCCAAUCUGAGGUAUGCCGUCCUUCCAACCUUCAAGUGGGAGUCAUCUGGAUUCACUAUGUGACUAACAACAGUCUGAUUUAUAUGUCAGAGAGACACAAGUCAUCACCCUAAGUAAGACAAUAUAUCCUUGUCGCCUUGUACAACAUUGAAGGGCUGCUUCCAUCCAUUUUAAAGAACGAAUAUUACUGUCUGGAAAUGGAUUUUGGUCUCUGCUUCACGAGCGGCUUCGCAGCUGCUUGUCUGUCUCAUUUCAGGAGACGAUGAAAUUUGAAAAAAGAACUUUCAUCUCCUUCCCUUCACGCUUUUGAGAAUGAUAUGCCGUCUCUUUAAUUGCCAGGUGUAUUCCAUGCAGAAUCAGAUGUGCGACAUGAUGAAGGAGCUGGACAAGGAGAAGAAUUUGUGUGAGGCUCAAAUUGAGAACAAAACAUCAGGUUGCAGCGGGAUGUGGGACAAGAUCACCUGCUGGCCAAAUGCUGAGGUUGGGCAAGUGGUCACCAUCCCGUGCCCCAAAUAUCUCUUCUACUUCUCCAGGGAGAUUCCCACACGAAACCUGUCCAAGACCUGCACCAAAGACGGCUGGACUCCAAUUAGCAUCGACUCCUACAUCAUGGACUGCGGCUACAAUCCCAACAGCACUGUGGAUGACGAUGACACGGUCGGGAGACUUCUUUGACGCCGUCAAAGUGGGUUACACCAUCGGUCACAGUGUGUCGCUUAUUUCUCUCACCGUCGCCAUCAUCAUCCUGUGCCUCUUUCGGAAGCUGCACUGCACAAGAAACUACAUCCACAUGCAUCUGUUUGUGUCGUUCAUUCUCAAAGCCAUCGCCGUGUUCAUCAAGGACGUGGUUCUGUAUGACGUUGGCGAGACGGACCACUGCCAUUCCUCUCUGGGCUGUAAGGCUGUGGUGGUAUUCUUCCAAUAUGGAAUCAUGGCCAGUUACUUCUGGCUGCUGGUAGAAGGCCUCUAUCUCCAUGCGCUCCUCACUGUCUCCUUCUUCUCGGAGAGGAAGUACUUCUGGUGGUACAUCCUGAUUGGCUGGGUGGCUCCAAGCAUCUUUAUCUCAGCAUGGGUGAUUACAAAGGCUUAUUUGAAUGAUCUUGGAUGCUGGGAGAUUAUUGAUGACAAACCUUGGUGGAUCAUCAAAACGCCCAUCCUUGUCACUAUUCUUGUCAACUUUUUCCUCUUCAUCUGUAUAAUCCGCAUUUUACGGCAGAAGAUGAAUUGUCCCGACAUUGGAAGAAAGGAAUCAAAUCAGUACUCGAGACUGGCUAAAUCCACACUGCUCUUGAUUCCUCUCUUUGGGAUCAACUACAUCAUUUUUGCCUUCAUUCCCGACCACAUCCACCCACAGCUGAGGAUGGUGUUUGAUCUUAUCCUUGGUUCAUUUCAGGGUUUCGUGGUGGCUGUCUUGUACUGUUUCCUUAAUGGGGAGGUACAGGCGGAGAUUAAGCGUAAGUGGCGCAGAUGGAUGUUGCAGCGCUUCCUGGGUGCAGACACCAAGUACCAGCAGCCCUCCAUCGGCAGCAAUGGCAACAACUUUAGCACUCAGAUCACCAUGCUAACCAAAUGCAGCCCCACCGCCCGACGAGCGUCUGCGUGUCACGAGCACUUCUCAGCCAUCUGACACGGAAACAAAAGCUCUGCUCUGCACACCCUCAAAGUCCACUUCCAUGUUGGUGUCCCUUAAGGUCAGUACGACCUUUUGCUUUGGUGUGAUUCCUUCGACCAGCUGUGAAAGUGCAUCACUUUUUUUGUUACCGUGUCAUGUGGAAGACAGGGACAGUACAAGAGAUCAGACAGUAUAAAGAGCAUAAUAAAGCAUAAUAUUAAAUAUUAGGGGUGUAAAUCGCGGGUUUUGUCACGAUACGAUACCAUAUCGAUACAAAGAACUACAAUACGAUAUUUGCCGAUAUCUUAAAGCCUGCUGCGAUUCAUUCACGAUAUAUCACGAUAUAGUGCUCUACGAUUGAUUUUUUUUUUUUAAAUAAAAAAUAUAGAACAAUAUCCUGAUUUAUAACAAUUCAUACGCAAAACCAACAAGGUACUGCAAACUCUUUAUUUAGGAAAUUACAAGAGUAUUGUAGUAUACAAAGUGCUUAUUUUAACACUGAACUUUGAUGUCGUGUUUUUUCUUUAAAUGUGCGGCGAGAUUUGUGCUCCCUGAAUAUUUGAUCACCGCAUGGCAGGAUUUACAAACUGCACGUGUCUUGUCCGUUGAGCCAUCUUUUCUUUGGAAUCCAAAGUGCUUCCAAACGAAUGACUUGAAGCCUAAAGGGGAGCAAAUUUCCUCGGCUUUUUGGACACUAGCCAUAGCACCAGCCCAGGAGCCGGUGCUAGUUGUCGACUCCCCUUUCACGUGCAGCAACGCCGCGCACUGCUCCAGGGCUCGAAACUAACGAUUGCCCGAUUGCCUUUCACGUGCCCGCUCUGCUCACAACACAACAACGCCGGGGGCACUGCUCCCGGAAAGAGGAAGCAAGCAACAAUGAACUGGAUUUCAAAAUAAAGUCGCGUCUAAUGUCCGAGGUCAAACACGGCGAUACAAAUCGAUGUUUACGUUUAGCAUCGAUGCCAAUAAAUCAUAGAGCAUUAUAUCGAUUAAUCGAUGUGUAUCGAUGAAUCGUUACACCCCUAUUAAAUAUGUAAUACGAAAAUAUAAUAUUUAUAUUAUAUAUAUUACAUUAUAUUUAUAUUAUUGUAUUUAUAUUAUUUAAUAUACUGUAAUAUUAAAAUAAUAUAAUAAUAAUAAUAAUAUAAUAAUAUGUAUAAUAUAGUAUAGAAAUAUUAUGUAUUACAUAAAUAUAUAUGAAAUAAUAGGUGGACAAAGAGCAAAAUGAACCCACAUCCUAUAAAAAUAAGGACGUUAACUUGAUCACCGGCAGGGGCUGUGAUGCGUUGAUUUGGUUAUUAAGAAAUCCAGAGCAUUCCCAAUUUCCAAAGGCAUUCUCCAUGAGAGUUGGAUGACAUUCCACAGGAGGGACUGAUGAUGCUUGUGCAACUCGCAUUACUGAGGCUUUGACGCAUUUGAAGUGGUGCUGUUCAGUUGCAUAGAGGACUUCCAUUAUUGGUUCACAACACAUAGCGUUGUAACGUGGUCAAAGUGAUUAUUUUGUUCAGAAUUAUUUGGACAGCCCCAGCAGGCACUAGCCGAGUGGGUCACAUUGAGGCUUUUCUCCCACAUUCCAAAAUCAUGCAUGUUAGCUUCAUUGAAGAUGCAGUGGUGUGAAUGUGAUUGUGAAUUAUUGUUGUCUCUGCUAUUUAUUGGCUGUCGACCAGCCCGGGGUGUGCUCUCCCCCAACUUUGCCAGCUAAGUAUGAUUCAGACUGUAUCAAUAAUAAUAGCAUAUUAUCUUUCAACUUAAUUAAACAUGAAGAAGAUGCUUCUGCAGAUGCUACUAGGUGCUCGGCUUGUGUGAUAAGAGCCACGAUGAUUUGAUUCCUCUAAAGCAGGGGUCUCAAACUCCAGUCCUCGGGGGCCGCAUUCCUACAUGUUUUCCAAGUUUCCCUCGUUAAACACACCCUGCUCUAAAGAACAUUUUCAAUGCCAUAUCCUGCUCGGUUUACAUAAACUCACAGAAAGUACCUCAGGCUAAAAGUCUCACACACGCACACGCACACGUGCAUUGUACACAAAGUAUCCUUGUAAAUACGGGUGUCAGUUUAUAGCAUGUUUUAUGAUGAUGAGUUUUAUGCUCAGGUGUCAACUGUAAAUCAAUGUUUACAUUCAAGACUAGAUAUUGUUCACUCCUGGUGUUCUCAGCAAUGAAUGUGGUGCCCUGUAAAUACUGUGUAUGUACAGCAUAUGAGACAAAAUAUUUGUGGAAGAUGAAUAAAACUAAAAGCGUUUACACUUUG